UUUUGAGUCGACAAAAUUUUGGUUGCUCAGUCUCGUCGGUCUAUUGUCUUUACACAAUUACAUGUGUAAUUUUAUUUGCACGACGUUGUUCAACAUUAGAAGGAAAUAAAUGGCUAUGCCGACUGCACGAGUAGGAUUAUGCCAGUAACAAAGAUGGCGGACACGUUUCUGCAUCCUGAAUUCGACGUUACGAUUACAGAUAGGUGUUUGAUCUGCUAGGCUGAGGGACGUCAUUGAUUGAACAAGCUGCGCGGCAACUUUCAAAAUUGUAUGAGAUCGGGCAGGGUGCGGGCGAAUGAUCCUUAGCCGGAGAUCUGACAGCAGAUAAACCCCAUUCAGGAGAGCCGGCAUGUCCACUAUAAGGUUGGGUGACGAGCAGUGCCUAUGCGCCUGCAUGCAGGAUUUCCGAACACGCUUCAUCAGUCAGGGCAGCGAGGAGACCAGCUCGUUAGAGGAUUUCAAGGCUUUAUACAAAGCGUCUCUGAAAGAUCGUUUGGAUGCUUGGGAGAGAAAAUAUAAAGACGGGGAACUGAUGAUGGAGAGAGUUGGAGACUUCAACAAUGAAAUAAAGGUCCUGAACAAGUGCAUUGAGGAGAAGAAAGAACAUGUCCUAAAUGAGAUGACCAAGAUUAAGGAGAAUGAGAAACUUAGUGCAGAGCUAUCCGAAAAUAUCCAGACGUUACGGGAUAAAUUGAACCAGAAGAUGGAACUUGCCUUAGCAAAUAAGAAAGCCAACAAGGACAAACUGAAGGAACUGCACAAAUCGUCCGUUUUAUUUAAGGAGCGCCUGGGGCUUGAAAUCCGGAAACUAGCAGGUGAUCGAUUGCAGUUUGUCUUCAGGUGCAUUAACCCAAAGGACAUGGAUGAGCCGUACUCCUGCAUUAUUUACUUUAAUGAGGAGGGAGAGUAUCAACUUACAGGGUGUGAUCCACCGUUGGAGUGUAUUGAUGAGUACGAAAGGAAAGUGCGGGAGACUAAGAACUUCUCAGCACUUCUUGCCAAUCUGCGCAAAUCCUUUGUUGCAUUAUGUAAUAAAGUAAAAUGACUUGGUGUUUUUGAAGUUUAUUAUAUAUCCAGUUUUUUCUUGUUUUAUAUUGUUAUAGUAAUAAAGCUUCCACCUGAGAUGGGAAUUUAUUGAUA